AUGUCCAGCUCGCCCUCACACGCCGAAAAUGCCGCACAUGCGGCGCUGCUGAGCUCCCGGGCCCUUGCCCAGCCCGACGACGCUGCAGGUGUUGGUUCCGAUGCAGUCGAUGCAGCAGUCGAUCCUGUUACCUGUACACCUGCACCCCCGGCCCCGGGCAGUGAGGCCGCCGCUUCUGCUGCCAGGGAGGGCCUGAACCCGAGCCUGAGCCCAAGCCAAAGUCAAAGCAGCCAGAACCAGGCGGACGGGAGCGGAGCGGACUCACCCUCACCCUCAUCACCCUCUCCCUCUCCCUCACCCUCUCCUCAUCCAGCAGCAGCCGCAACUCAUAUAAAGACUACCCCUAGCGUCGCAGCCCGCCAGCGCCAGCAGGGUCCUUCGCUGCUUUCCCAGGCCCUGGCAUCUGCUCGAGGCAUACUGCGCACCAACUCGUCUCCCAGCCAGCCGGACAAGUCGACCAGGUCCACGCCUGCCACUGCCGCCGUCACUCCUCCGUCAGCCCUCGACCCGAGGCCUGUUCGGUCUUCGCCUGCCACCCCCUGGACUGAGCCGCGAGAUGCAUCAGACUACAUCGACCUCGACGGCGCCUUGACGCGAGGCGAACCGCAAUCCACCACAAUGGCUACCACGACGACUACCAUGACCUCUGCCCUCCCAGUGCGAGACCGUGCUGCUCCCCCGUCCUCGUCGUUCAAAUCCGAGAUCCUGUCCCACGCCAACGAGAUGCUCUUGGAGCACCGCGAAUUCCUCGACCGCACCCGAGGCAGGGCGUCCAUUUCGCUUGACCAUGACUCCAAGCUGUCGGGACUGCCGCACCAACACCAUCCCCUACAUUCCCACUCGCCAACCCCCAACGACUCAAUGACACCCACCAACGGCAGCUACACUAGUGCUGUAUUAUCCCCUGACCGCUCCACCGAUGCGGGAGACGAAACUGAUUCGCAAGACUCGCACCAUGAGCGUCACAAGGCCACCGAGAAGACGGAGAAGAUUUGGUCCAUUGGUUCUGGUGAUGGCAGCGAAGAGGAUGGUCUGGUGGAACAGUCAGUCGCCGAGGCCAUUGCGGGGGUUGAACACAAUGCACGCAGUCGCAAGUCCAGCUACAGCUUGCGCUUCUUCAAGGAGGGACUCCCCCCGGACGACAAGGCACGGCGCAAGGAGGCCAGAGGCUCGCAUCGCGAUAAGCAUGUGUCUACGAUAGACGAGGAACCCACUACUUUAACCGAGAAACAGCCACUAGAACAGUCGCACAAAACCACAAAGGCAACACCAGCUGCAGACGCAAGAGAGCCCGCAAAACUAACUAGGACCGAGUCUUUUCCAGCACAGGUGUCUGAUUCAUGGCCCAUUGUCGCCUCGCCGCUCGAAGAAACCAGCUUCGCUGCCCAGCAAAAGGAGCAAGGUGGCGAAGCCUCUGCACAGCAAUCAUCUCUUCAUCAUAACGAAGCCAAGCUGGAGCCACCGCUUCAUCAAGAGGUGGGGCCGGACACGGCUCAAGACGCCGAAGUGGAGAAGCUGCGGACGUCACAUGACUCCGAGGUCGGUGUUUUGGAGGCUUCCGGCCACAAGGAUGGAGGCGCAGCUGUGGAUGCCGAGGCUGAUGUCAAAGCCAAGACCGAUGAUGCUGAGAUCAAAGCUGACGCCGAAGCCGUUGAACAGGGCCGGGCUGGCGGUCGUGUUAAUGGCCACGCUAACGGCAAGGCCCAUACCGACUCUGACGCAGACACUGACCUAGAAGCAGAGGCCGACGAGUCUGGUGAAGAAAAGAUUGCGUCCGCCGUGUUCCACCCCCAUCAAGAGCUGGAUGACGGCCGUGCAAGUGUGAGUGAGGGUAGUGACAAUGAUGUGGUGCGACGGCCGAGGUCGCGCUCGCAGACUAAGAGUCAUCCCUGGCUAGUCAAGGCCGACGAGCCUGAGCCCGAGAUUGAGAAUAAGGAUGAGAGUUCCUACCAGGUUUCGCAUGUUGCCUCCCGUGAGAGCCUUGUUUCACGUCGUGCAGAGGCCCCGGCAGAGGUCCAUGUCCCAACCGAAGCUGCCGUGGAAGCUGAGAAUGAAGUGAACCAAGUUACCCCUACUAAAACCCGAGCCGUGACCCAUCAUGAAGACCAUGUCCAUGACCACCAGCAUCAGGCCCGUCGACCCCUAGAGGCCAUUGAACUCAUCCCAUACAAGCAUCAGGUCGGCGGCCACAAUACGCUGUGGCGAUUCUCUCGCCGAGCCGUCUGUAAGCAACUCAGCAACCGAGAAAACGAAUUCUAUGAAACCAUUGAACGAUAUCAUCGUGAUUUGCUGCCAUUCCUUCCUCGGUACAUUGGAGUGCUGAAUGUGACAUUCCAGAGGAAGCCUCGGAGAAAGAGCACCAUUAAAAAAGACGAGACGGCGGAUAAGCGCCAGCCGGAGUCAAAUGGCAGCAACGAGGCUGGGCAGACGGCGACCACCCCUGCGCGGGUUAUUAGCCAAUCACUUGCCAGCUCCAACAUCCCCAUUCCCACUGUAACAUUCGACGAUAAUUGGCACAUUCUUCCUCGCAACCUUCUCCAGCCAUCGCCCGUAUUGGACCCGGCGCACCGCCGGAGCACAUCGCUCUCCAAGAUAUCGUCCGCGGCGGCCGUCUCGGCUAAGGUGCCGGUGCGACCUACCUUGGAAGAGCGCCCCAACAGCUGGGGAGCAACGACGGUGAACAAGCGACUGCGCAACGAGGUGUUCAACGACGCAUUCCUUAAGCAGCCAAUCGAAGUUCAGAAACACCGGCGCCCAUAUCAGCGACCUGUUCCUCUACCAAAUCUCCAGCGACUGCUCCGAACUAGCAAUUCAGACCCCAGCCUUGCUGAGAAUCUUGUUGGCAAUGCGGAAAGCAGACCUAUUGUAGCCAGCCCUCUAAAGCCACUGACUCCACUUGUACCGCAGAUGAGCGAUCCCGGAUCCCAGGUCGACCGUCUAUCAGCGGAGCAGCGAGAUGAACCUGUUGAGGUCAAGGACGUCACGGGUACUAGUGCUCCCGAACCAGAGACAUUGACGAACAACCCCUUGCUCGCCAAAAAGAAGCGCAGGUAUUCUGGAAGCGGGCUUCGACGCAAGCCACAGGAUGUUCGAGACUCAAGGGGAGAUCUCAAGUAUUUUGAGGAGGCGGAUGAUGCUGAUUACAAGCGCGAACACGACGGCGACAACGGCGGUGAGGGUGUUGAAGGGGGUUCGCCAAAAACUACUACUACUGCCAACUCUGCCAACGAAUCCCUCGAAAAGGUUGUGGCUGCUACUACAGCUGAUUCUACAUCUACCACCACCCAGGAGCCUGAUUCUACCGAAAGCUUGACGACAGUCCAACAGGCCCUGCAGCAUCCGUCAGUGGAAUUUGCGCCGGUGCUUCGACCGAACAAUCCCAAGGAGGCCAAAACUCAGCGUGACAGGGUGGAAUACUUUUUGCUCUUGGAAGAUCUCACAGCUGGCAUGAAGCGACCGUGCAUGAUGGACCUCAAAAUGGGAACGCGCCAAUAUGGUGUUGAGGCGUCUCCUAGCAAGCAGAGAUCCCAGCAAGAAAAAUGCAGGACGACGACUUCGUACGAGCUCGGAGUGCGCAUCUGUGGACUGCAGGUAUGGAACGCCAAGACACAGACGUAUGACUUUCAGGACAAGUAUUUUGGCCGAAAAGUCCAAGCCGGCAAGGAGUUCCAGGCCGCUCUCACCAAGUUCCUCUAUAACGGCGUCGACUUGCACUCCAUCCUCCACCAUAUCCCGGUCAUUCUGAGGAAGCUUUCCCAGCUGGAGCAGAUUGUCAGCGAGCUGCGUGGCUACCGCUUCUACGCCGCGAGUCUGCUCAUGUUCUACGACGGAGAUGCCUCAGACGAGAAUGGAGGCUACGAGACGGCGUAUGAUUCCAUGACGGACGCUGCGACGGAUACCGAAGAGACUGUCCGGAAGAAGAGAAAUAAGCGUGAGAUUGAUUUCAAGGUGGCAGACUUUGCCAACAGCCUCACGCCGCUGGACAAGGUGGAAGACAAGCCGUGCCCACCCCAGCAUCCUAAUCAACCGGAUCCCGGCUUCCUCAAAGGGCUGCGAAGCCUGAGGAAGUACUUUUUGCAGAUCCAACGAGACACCAGAGCCGAAUUGGGGCUUGAUCCCCGCGGAUGGAGCUCGUCCCAAGGCUUUGAUGCCAUGGACGAUGAAGAAGACGAUGGAAUGAUUAGUGUAUAA